CAAAUCAAAACAAAACAAAUAAAAUAAAAUAAAACAAAAAUUCCGAGAAGUCCCUCUUUGCUUUUGGAUCAACCGGAGAUCUGAGAAAAUUGUGUCUGUACUUUCCCCGCAAAUUACAUUCCGGUGAUCCAAACACUAUAACAUUACAUAUACACAGAAAAGAAAAAGAAAAAGUGUGAAACAAUGAAUAUUUUCAGAUUAGCCGGCGAUAUGACCCACUUGGCCAGUGUCCUUGUUUUGCUCCUCAAGAUCCACACCAUCAAAUCAUGUGCUGGUGUUUCUCUGAAGACUCAAGAGCUGUACGCUCUUGUUUUUGCUGCUCGCUACCUGGAUAUUUUUACUCAUUAUAUUUCAUUUUACAAUACCAUGAUGAAGUUAAUAUUUCUUGGGAGCUCUUUUUCAAUUGUUUGGUACAUAAGGCAUCACAAGAUUGUUCGUAGGUCUUAUGAUAAGGACCAAGACACUUUUCGCCAUUACUUUCUUGUGCUGCCUUGCCUACUUUUGGCCCUACUUAUAAACGAGAAGUUUACCUUUUUAGAGGUAAUGUGGACAUUUUCUCUAUAUCUAGAAGCUGUUGCAAUACUUCCUCAGCUUGUUUUAUUGCAGAGGACAAGAAAUAUUGAUAACUUGACAGGACAAUAUGUUUUUCUCCUAGGUGCAUAUCGAGCGUUGUAUAUAUUAAACUGGAUAUAUCGCUAUUUGACUGAGCCACACUAUGUCCAUUGGAUAACUUGGAUUGCAGGUCUUGUUCAGACAUUGCUCUAUGCUGAUUUCUUCUACUAUUAAUUCCAGAGCUGGAAGAAGAACGAGAAACUUCACUUACCAGCUUGAGACAUUAUUGGCCAAGGUUGCAAGUAGCAUACAUGGAUAUGUAGUUGAUUAAUUACAAGGACUUGGCAUUUUUGUUUUCCUUUACCCAUUUAUUGGGUGCUCCAGCGAAUAUGUUAAGUACUAGAAGUUGUUGUCAUUUAUCUGUCACAUGGGAUUUGAACCCCAAAUACCAUACAUUUGUAGCAAGCAUCAUCGUGCAUAUUGUUUAAUUCAAGUGUUACCAUCAGGUUUUCUUGUGCUGAUUCAUUAUAUAUGGUCCA